AAUGACCCAAUAGCAACUAGCAUGGGAUACUUGCUCCCAGCUCAUUUUGUUCAUUAUUCUAUACAGAUCUUGAGCUUUCAAUUCUUCAAGUUCUAUGGAUUUUCGAUUUGGGUUGGUGUGAUUUCUUAUUUUUAGUUUCUUGUUCUUUUUCUUUUAUCUUUUUUUAUACUAUAUAUUGUUUGUGAGAGGAACACUUGGAUCCUCUAAGGUAGUAAUUGGAUCGAGAGGAAAAAAAAAAAAAAAAAAAGAAGAAAUUAUAUUUGACUUUCUCAUGCUUUAGUAAGAAAGGAACUCUGAUAAGGGGUUUUUUGCCAUCGAAGAAGGAGCUUAAAGCUUUUCAUUGCUUUCUGGCCAGUUGGAAAGCUUUUUUCUUACGGGGUUUUUUGUUUGGGAAUCUGGGUCUUAGUGUUUUUUUGAUUUCAGCUUCACCAGAUUGACUCAGAAAGCUUAAAAGAAGAAAAAAGAAAAAGGCUUUUAAAGACAAUUGAGAUUUGAAUUAGUUUUCUCAAGCUUCCAAAUCAAUGAAGUAAAACCUGGAAAUCAGAUAUUUGUGGUAGUUGUCGAUCAUUGAAUGAGUUUCAAUUGGACUGUUUGAAGCAUAAAGACCUGGACUUUGUGUCAAUGAGGGCUUAGUUUAAGAGUGGCCCUGUGUUGGAAAAGGUGUUUUGAUAAUAAAGGCCUCCAUCUUUUGUGAUUUAAAAACAUGGGGUGUCAAUGCACCAAACUUGCGCCAUGUUGCUGGGACUCACAAUUCAAAGCAGCGGUUCUUGAAGCUCCUGAUGUCGAAAAUGAGGAGAAGAGUGAGGUUGACUACUUACCUGCAUUUCGGGAAUUCACACUCGAGCAACUUAGAAAUGCCACAUCUGGUUUUGCAGUGGAGAAUAUUGUGUCUGAGCAUGGUGAGAAAGCUCCCAAUGUUGUUUAUAAAGGAAAACUGGAGAAUCAAAGGAGAAUUGCUGUUAAACGUUUUAAUAGAAUGGCUUGGCCUGAUGCUCGGCAAUUUCUUGAGGAAGCAAGAUCAGUUGGUCAGCUCCGUAACCAAAGACUGGUAAAUUUGCUUGGUUGUUGUUGUGAAGAUGAUGAAAGAUUGCUGGUGGCAGAAUUUAUGCCCAAUGAAACACUUGCCAAGCAUCUUUUUCAUUGGGAAACACAACCUAUGAAAUGGGCAAUGCGUUUAAGGGUUGUUCUACAUCUUGCACAAGCUUUAGAAUACUGCACAAGCAAAGGACGUGCUCUUUAUCAUGACCUAAAUGCUUAUAGAAUUUUGUUUGAUGAGGAUGGAAAUCCUAGACUUUCAAGCUUUGGCCUGAUGAAAAAUAGUAGGGACGGGAAAAGUUACAGCACAAAUCUGGCCUUUACUCCACCUGAAUACUUGAGAACUGGGAGAGUAACCCCAGAAAGUGUAAUAUAUAGCUUUGGAACUCUUCUGCUUGAUCUCCUGAGUGGAAAACAUAUUCCUCCAAGUCAUGCCCUUGACCUCAUAAGGGACAGAAAUCUUCAGAUGCUGACAGAUUCUUGCUUGGAAGGUCAGUUUUCGGAUGAUGAUGGUACUGAGUUGGUACGCUUGGCUUCACGAUGUUUACAAUAUGAACCUAGAGAGCGUCCAAAUCCAAAGUCAUUAGUUUCCGCAUUGUCUGCUCUGCAGAAGGAAACUGAGGUUCCUUCCCAUGUCUUGAUGAGUAUCCAACACAGUGCCUCGUGCUCCCCUCUAACACCUCUUGGUGAGGCUUGCUCAAGAAGGGACUUGACAGCUAUACAUGAGAUCUUAGAGAACAUUGGCUACAAAGAUGAUGAAGGAGUAACAAAUGAGCUCUCAUUCCAGAUGUGGACGGACCAAAUGCAGGAAACUUUAACUUCAAAGAAAAAGGGUGAUGCCGCAUUUAAACAGAAAGAUUUUGGAAUUGCAAUAGAGUGUUAUUCACAGUUCAUCGAUGUUGGAACCAUGGUUUCCCCAACAGUUUUUGCACGGCGUAGCUUGUGUUAUCUCAUGAGUGACAUGCCUCAGGAAGCUCUGAACGAUGCAAUGCAAGCUCAGAUCGUUUCCCCUGUAUGGCAUGUUGCUCCUUAUCUCCAGGCCGCUGCACUUUCUGAACUUGGAAUGGAGAAUGAAGCACAAGCAGCACUGAAGGACGGUACAGGUCUUGAAGCAAAGAGGAAUUCUGGUUCUGGACAGAAGUGAUAUAUACGAAGUUCCUGUUCAGGUGCUUAAAGUUUCCAUGCCAGGCGAUUGAAAAAAAAAAAGGAAAAA